UAGACACAGCAUCGAGCAAACUAUCUAUGAUUUAUAACGCUCACUUCUACUGUCCGGAGCAACGAGCUGUCAAGUCUAGGAAUUAUUGGAAUUGAAUUAGUGUUACUGGUGUGUGUGUGUGUGUCUCCAUCGUCCAAGGGUCUCGAGUCCCUGAAAUCAUAAUCUAUUCAAACAAUUUCGUGUUAAAUUAAUUUCUUUUUGUCGUCGAAGUUAGUGUUGGGAUUGCUACCUACGUUUUAAAUGGCAUACAGAUUUGCCUAUUUGUAUUUAGUACAUCUGUUAUUGUUCCCUAUUGCCGACCUGACCACGGCCGGACUGAAUUUGUUUUGAUGAUGCUUCAUGCAAUGGCAGAAAAAUUAUAUUUGCUUCAGAGGCCAGACGUGUGCAAUAAAUUUAUGUGAAUAUUGUAAAAAAGUAGCGUUUAUGAUGGCGUCGAAUUCCACAAUCGGAAAUGAAAUUAUUUGUAGGACUUGUAUGGGUAAAGAAGGUUUAUUUUCCAUAUUUGAAAUCACCCAUGAUACCAUGACGUUAGACUUAUUGAUAUCUUCAGUUACCGGCGUUCAGAUUGAACAAGGUGAUGGGUUGCCAUCUACUAUAUGCCUUAAUUGUAAAGAAAAGGCAAUUACAGCUUUUGAUUUUAAAAGAAAGUCCCAAAAUGUAGACAGCACAUUAAGGGAUUUAUUCAAGAAAGAAGAAAUUGAUACAAAUCUUGAUGAACAAUAUGAUAACUGUGAUGAUAUAAAAACUGAACUGCAUUUGGUUGACAAUCCAGACGAGUGCUUAGAUGAGUGGGCUGCCAUAGAUGCUAUUGUCAAGAAUGAGAAUGUUCCUCAUGAUAACUCGCAUUAUGAAUGUAAAAAUUGUACAGCUGUUUUUGAAUCCUUCAAAAAAUAUCAGCAGCAUUUGAGAAAAAAAUGUGUGAAAGUUGAGAUUGAUGAUUCUAGCAAUAAUUAUUGCCCACUAUGUGGCAUAUAUUACUAUGAUGCUGUUAGUUUGACAAAGCAUAUGUGGGAGAGUCACACUGACUUAAUGGGGCCAAAGAAAAGAGGAAGACCAAGGAAACUAAUGACUGGAGCAAUAAUAAGUAAACUGACUGAAAAUGGAUUCCACUUAAAGUCUGAAGAGACAAAAAAAUAUAGUUGUACAUUUUGUGAUGAAGAAUUUAAAACCAAAGAGGAUAUUCAUACUCAUCAAAAAGAACAUACAGAUAAGCUGUCAUUUUGCCUUUUUUGCAAAAAGACUUAUCUUGAUAAGAACUACUUUGAUAGUCAUGUAUGCAUUAUUAAUAGGAAUAGUCAAAAGGGUGACCAGGAUCCUGAUGAGGAGAAAAGUAAACAAGACUUUAUGAGUGAAAUCACCUUCCAAGAGUUGUUAGGUCCAUAUGACUCUGAGGAAAACGAUUGCAUAUUAACAGUAUGUCCAGUAUGUACCGGGGUGUUCCGAUCCGAAGACGCUCUCGCCGUUCAUACAGACACCGAACAUCCCGAGCUCUCACUUAGGUGUAAUUUGUGCUCAAAGAUGUUUGCUACGGUAAAGUCUGCAAGUCGCCAUAGAAAUAUUUGUAAGCAGAUUGAACGAAAAUUCAGAUGUAGCACAUGCGGACUUAAAUUUGCUUACGAAUUGUCGCUCAACAAACAUAUUCUGCGAUACCAUGAGGGUGAAAGUGUUUCAGUUACCUUCAUAGAUGGUAAAUCAAAGGAAACGAGAAAAUACCAAUGCGAUGAUUGCGAUAAAUUUUUUGACAGAAAACAAGCUCUCGUUCGACACUCCAAAAUACAUUCCGAUAAAUUGCAUGAAUGUGAAGUAUGUAAGAAGAAAUUUAAUAGAAGUGAUAAUUUGAGAUCUCACAAACGGAUACACGAACCUAGAGAUAAAUCGAAAGUUACCACCUGCUUAUGUUUGUAUUGCGGUCGCAGUUUUAACAACUCGUCAAAUCUCAUCGUGCACAUGCGCCGUCAUACUGGUGAAAAGCCAUAUAAAUGUGAUUUUUGCGGCAAGGGAUUUCCACGGUCUUCGGAUCUACAAUGUCACAGGCGAUCGCAUACUGGUGAAAAACCUUGUAUCUGUGGAGUUUGUGGAAAAGGAUUUUCACGCAGCAACAAAUUGUCCCGUCACAUGCGCGUCCAUACUGGCGUCAAGCCGUACAAGUGCACUUACUGCGGGAAAGCGUUCUCGCAGAGCAACGACCUCACGCUGCAUGUCAGGAGGCAUACCGGUGAUAAACCCUACAUAUGCGAAGUCUGCGGGGACAGAUUUAUUCAGGGUACGGCGUUGCAUAAUCACAGACGUACUCAUGGACAUUUUCCAGAAUCAGCAUCGGUUACACAGUUACCAUCUAUAACAUACACUGUUCAGCGCUUAAAUACUCAAGAAUGAAAAUAAAAAAGUAAAAUGCCACAACUAAGUAUUAUGUUCACUUCAUACCAUUAUCUGGUAAACAUUUUUAUCAUUGUUUAUAUUAUAUAUCUAUUUAAAUAUA